AUGUCAGUUCUGAGCGAGGACGCUCGAUCACCGUUGGGCAUCCGGUUUUGUGGACCGGAGCAAUGUGUUGCAACAUGCACACCAAAGAAAGCUGCAUUCUCCCCUGCUAGCAUACAAAGCUUGUUUCUAAGCAGUAAAUCGCUCACUAAUUUACUGCCCACGUACAGCCAAAUGCCAACUGUCGAAGAGGCUCAGGCUAUUCUUGACCGUGCCGCAAUCGCUCUUGGGGCACAACGCUAUCGGGAUGCGUUGAGACUCUAUCUUGACGGUGGAUACGCUAUGGCCAAUAUAGCGAAACGUCAAGCAAAUCCCGUCAUUGACAACCUACUCGCAAGCAAGGCUUUCGAAACGUUGAAUUGGUGUUUAAGACUUUCAAACUGGAUUGAAGGUCGAGUGAAGGAGAAAAAUCCAAGACCAAGAGCUGUCAAAGUUGGAAUUCCGGUCGAAACGUGGUUUCAGGACUGGAUCGGUCUUUACUUAGACGAGGACGAAGCUCGUCGCAUGUGGUACACGCCCGUCUACUGUCCGCAAUUAAUUGACUUUUCCAGCUCCGGAUAUCAUUUACGUUGUGUGGAGGUAGGCAGACGCCCAAGACUCAUGAUCUGUAUCACUAUGUACAAUGAAGGACCACAGCAACUUCAAGCGACUCUCAGAAAACUUGCUAAUAAUUUAACAUACCUCAAAGACCAUGAAGAAACCCUGAGCUCAUUUGGUGGUGAGAACGGAUGGCAAAAUGUGCUUGUCUGCAUCGUCGCUGAUGGCCGCGAGCAGGUCAAUGAUAAGAUGCUAGACUAUCUGACCACCAUUGGGCUUUACGACGAAACCUUGAUGACAAUCAAUAGUGCUGGCAUCGGUGCCCGAUGCCACCUUUUCGAGCACACGUUGCAACUUUCUGCCAAAGGAAAAAAAUUCACGCCGAUCCAAGCAAUGUUUGCUUUGAAAGAGACGAAGGUCAGUAAGAUCGAUUCGCAUCACUGGUUUUUUAACGCAUUCGCGGAACAGAUUCAGCCUGAGUAUACUGUGAUGAUGGAUGUAGGCACCCUGCUGACCAAGUCAGCUCUAUAUCAUAUGCUGUUUGCAUUUGAACGCAACCACCAGAUCGGAGGGGCAUGUGGACAAGUUGCAGUGGAUAAACCGUUUGAGAAUUUGACUAAUUGGGUCAUCUCUGCGCAAAACUUCGAAUACAAAAUUUCAAACAUUCUCGACAAGUCGCUUGAGAGCUGCUUUGGCUUUAUCAGUGUGCUUCCAGGUGCAUUCUCAGCUUACCGAUACGAAGCAAUUCGUGGAGCUCCACUAAACGCAUACUUUCAGACGUUGAACAUUGAACUGGGUGUGUUAGGGCCAUUUCUUGGCAACAUGUAUCUCGCGGAGGAUCGUAUUUUGUCAUUUGAAGUCGUGGCACGAAAAGACCGCAAUUGGACAACGCAUUAUGUCAAAGAUGCCGUCGCUCGCACUGACGUACCACAAGAUCUGAUUGGGCUCAUUUCACAGCGCAAACGCUGGCUUAACGGUGCGUUCUUCGCCACACUAUUCAGUAUUUGGAAUUGGGAUCGCAUUUAUUUAGAAAGCAACCACUCUAGCAUGCGGAAACUGGCCUUCUUGGUGUUUUACCUCUAUUACCUGCUGUACAUGGCAGUUGCCUAUGUAAUGCCGGCAAAUUUGUACUUGCUUCUCUAUUUUAUCGUGUUUCAAGGGUUCCAGCAAAAUCGGCUUGAGUUUGUCGACACGUCCUUGUAUUCGAAAACUGUCCGAGAUGGAGCAGUGUAUGUGUUCAAUUGGGUGUACCUUUUUGGGCUUUUGAUCAUGAUCAUCAUUGGACUUGGCAACAAUCCAAAACAUAUGAAACUCAUGUACUACUUUGCAAGUGCUGCUUUUGGAUUCAUCAUGACUAUGUCGUGCCUCGUCGCUGUUGGUGUUUAUUUAUCAAUCCCAGCUAAUAAUCAACUCAUUGCCAUCUCCAUCCUCACCGUCGGAGUGUUCUUUCUCGGUCCGGCGCUGCAUGGUGAGCUUCACCACAUUAUGCUGACGUUCGUGCACUACAUGGCCUUGAUCCCAAGCUUUGUCAACAUUUUUUCGAUCUACUCGUUUUGUAACCUUCAAAAUUUGUCGUGGGGCACCAAGGGCUUGCACGAUGACCCAUUGCAGACUGCCCUGUCUGGUGAGACUGAAACGGAUAAGUAUAAGGGCAUUAUCGCUAACCGUCGCGCAGUAGAGGAUCGCCGCCGUCAGGAAAUUGAGCGUACAGAGACCAGACGAGAUAUUUUCGAGGCGUUUCGCACCAACAUUUUGCUUUCGUGGGUGUCCUCAAAUCUCAUCUUUGCCCUUUUCGCCGUGUCUCUUUUAAAUGCGUCGACGUACAUCACAAUUUCGUUCAAUGUAAUGGCGGGCAUCAAUUUGUGUCGACUUCUUGGGUGCAUUGGCCACUGGCUAUACAUCCACACUGCUGGUCUACGUGACGGCAUUUUUGCUGCGUUUGAUAUGACAACAGGGCGAGUUGCAUCUCGUAAAAAUAUCAUCAACAGUUCAUCACCGCUUCUUCAAAAGACCAGCGUAUCUAAGCCUGCUCGAACACUAUGA